AUGGACUCUGAACUUGAAAUCAUCCAAUUUCUCGAGUCUGGUGUUUUCCGGCAUGAUGGACUUGGAGGCAAGCGCGGAAUUGAUUGCCUCGACCUCGUCUUUGGUCACUGCGUUGAGAUAGUAGCCCGAAACAUGGCCAUUGGCAGGCCAUCCCAAAAGAGCAGUUUGAGAAUCGACAGAGUAGAUGUCGUCCUUGACUUGUUCGAACAGCUGCAAAGAGUACUCGUCGUUGAUCAGCUCAAUGAACGUCUCAAAGUCCCCCUUGUUGAGUCUUGGAAUGAACUUGGAAUCACCGAACGAACGGUAAUUGCCCAAAUUGCUCAGGAACUGGGAGGCGUACUCCAGGUACCCAGUUUUGGCUUCUUUACCAAGAUGUUUCUCCAGAAUGGAGUAGUCGCCCUUCAAUGCCUUGUGGAUGGAAAGGAUCAGGUCGUAGAUCUGCUCAGACUCGGGCGAAACAGAGCGUAA